AUUUGAAAUUUAUCCUAAGUUUUCUUCAAGUUUAUUCUCGUGUUCUUUACUUAUCCACACCACACAGCUGAGCUCUCCAAUUUCAGGUAUUUAUUUUUUGGAAUCCAUCUUUAUCACCAGGGUUUUUGGUUUGUGUAAUCAAAUUGUGGAAAAAUAGGCUUUGAAUGUGUGUAUUAUUGGUCGAUUUUAUUGAUUUAGCAAGUUUGAUAACUUAAUAUCAAUAACUUUAAUUUAAGUGACAAAGUUGAAACACUCAACGACUCCUAUUUAUGCGAGGUAUACUGUAAUAGCUCAUUGAUUUUUAUUUUUAUUUUUAUUUUCAUUUUUUAAAAAAUUUAUUGCCAAAUCCAAAGCUUUCUCUGAAAAUUAAGGUUCUAUUUUGUGCGAUAUUAUAUUUAGAUCAUGGCAUUCCCUCGUUAAAAAAGAAGAAACGAAAUGAUUUACUCCAAAUAAUAAGGUCCAAUAUUAUAAUUCCAAUAUCGGCGGGGAUUCGUGGAUAAAUUUCAUUUUGAGGUUGAUUUACCCUACCAACCUUCCCUUCAUUAGAUUGCCGCUUUCCUAAAAACUAAUAUUCCACAGAAAAACACUCACACUGAGAACUGCGAAGCGGUUGAUUGAGGUGCUUUUAUUUUAAAAUGGCGACGAGUUUGUGGGCAACCAGGGCUGCUUCCUACCUAAGGAUCAGUGUUCCCUGUCGAGGUUUUGCUACCGUUCUCAAGGAUCUAAAGUAUGCUGAUUCUCAUGAAUGGGUGAGAGUGGAAGGUAAGUCGGCUACCAUAGGUAUUACUGAUCAUGCCCAAGAUCACCUUGGUGAAGUUGUAUACGUUGAACUACCCGAGGAGGGCAGUAAGGUAGAGCAAGGUGCAAGUUUCGGUGCUGUUGAAAGUGUCAAAGCUACCAGCGAUGUUAACUCACCUGUUUCUGGGAAAGUGGUUGAAGUUAACAAAAAUCUCAGUGAUUCUCCUGGUUUGGUAAAUUCGAGCCCUUACAAAGACGGAUGGAUCAUAAAGGUAGAGCUGGAGAACUUCAGUGACCUGCCCUGUUUAAUGGACCCCGAUCGCUACACCGAGUUCUGCGAAGAAGAAGAUGAUAGCCACUGAGAAAUUUCAUUGGGGCAAUAAUCACUUCUUGGAAAAGAUCAUGGAAUUUACAUUGUUAUUCUCUCUUUUCAGUUUCCUUGGUUGUCAUUAUGUUUGAACAUUAGGAUGAUGGAAAUGGCUGCACUUAUUAUCCUUCUGUUAUGCAAAAUAUUUCAUUGUAGGAUACUGGUCAAUUUUAAAAUAAAUUUGUUGUGAUGCAUUUAUA